AAGGAGCAAAAAGUUCAACCAUUUCUGCUUUGUUUCUCUUAGUUCUUCUUUUCAACUUAGUUUGACUUUAUUUUAUGGCAUUGGCUUCAACUUUUGUCUGCUUCUUUCUUUAUUAUUAUUAUUAUUAUUAUUAUUUUUUACAUAAUUAUGUUAGUGUGCAAAUCGCUUUCUUUGGGUUGUGAUUUUUGAAGUGUUAAGGUCUGGGUUUUAGCUGUGGAAGAUGCUUUGUCUUAAAGGUUGGUGAGUGUGUGGACCUGGUUUUUAGUUUCCCAUCUCCUUUAUAUCUUUAACAUGACGCCUUUUUCUUCGUUUCCCGUGGUUUGGUAAGCUCUAAAACAGCUUGCAAUUUUGUCUCUUUUCCUUUCAACUUCUCACCUCUUCCCAAUUUUCCACUCUUAAUCUUUGUAAUUUCUUCGUUGCUGUUUUCGCUACUUACUUUCUCUAACUAUGGCGCUUCAUUUUUUUCAUGUCUAGAUUCAAAGUGCUUUGCUUGUAAACGCUAAAUGCAUCUCCUUGGUUUGUUUUCUGGCUCAAUUCCCUGAUCUUUUGCAUGCAUCUUUGAAUUUUAACUUGGAAAACCAUAAAAUAUGUUCUAAGAUCUAUAUGCUUUUCAGCUGGUUUAUUUUCACCCAAUUUGGAGCUCUUUUUUGGUUAAAAUUUUUUGUUUGAAAGUUGAUUUUGAAGGCAUCAUUCAAGUGUAUAGGUUAUUGGAGGUGAAUGCAUGGAUCGAAGGGAUGCCAUGGCAUUAUCAGGGUCUGCAUCUUACUAUAUGCAACAAAGAGGAAUAACCGGGUCAGGGUCCGAACCGGAGUCUGGGAUACACGGAUCUCCAGGCAUUCAUCCGUUCUCUAGUCCAAAUGUACAAUACCAAUCAAGUAUUCCAGUCACUACUGUGGGAUCAACCUUAGCUAUGGAGUCUCCAUCAGGAAUUGCCCCUCAUAGUGUCAAUGUAGGCACACCUUCAGCACAGCCAUCUAGUGAGACAGUGAAACGGAAAAGAGGAAGGCCCCGAAAGUACGGUCCUGAUGGGACUGUUUCGUUGGCGCUGACUCCUGCAUCAGCUCCUCAUCCGGUGACCACAACACCGGGCCAAAAACGAGGAAGAGGGCGGCCACCGGGUACCGGAAGGAAGCAACAGUUAGCUUCCCUUGGUGACUGGCUGUCCGGUUCAGCUGGGAUGGGUUUUACUCCACAUGUCAUCACCGUUGCAGUAGGAGAAGACAUUGCAACAAAGAUAAUGUCGUUUUCACAGCAAGGGCCUAGAGCAGUAUGCAUUUUGUCAGCCAACGGGGCUGUCUCUACUGUAACUCUUCUUCAGCCAUCAUCUUCAGGUGGCACUGUUACAUAUGAGGGGCGAUUCGAGAUAUUAUGUCUAUCAGGCUCUUACCUGCUGAUCAGCAACAAUGGCUCUUGCAGCCGAAGUGGUGCUCUUAGUGUUUCCCUUGCCACUCCUGAUGGCCGCGUCAUUGGUGGAGGUGUCGGAGGGAUGCUUAUUGCAGCAAGCCCAGUUCAGGUGAUUGUCGGAAGUUUUCAAUGGGGUGGUCCAAAGGCAAAGAACAAGAAGCCGGAAGGUCAAGAAUGUCUAAAUGACUCGGAUAAUCAGAGUGUCGACAAUCUAGUAUCUCCGUCUGGCAUUUCACCGAGUCAAAAUCUGAUUCCACCUUCCCCAGCAGGUGUAUGGCCUGGUUCACGAACAAUGGAUAUGCGUAACACUCAUGUUGACAUCGAUCUAAUGCGCGGUUGACUCGUUUCCUCUAAUAGUUUCACAAGCAAUGUACAAAGUUUGCUGCUGCAGGCAGCCUGAUUUUCAGCUUGACGGAAUCUCACUUGAUUUUACUCGUCGACAAGAGCGGCGGUUUGGUCCGAUAUUUGUAGCUUUGAUAGACAGUUAGAACUCACGAUUUCUACUGAUCCCAUCGGUACCAUUUCAUUUCUCCAAUUUGAACCAGUUUUAAGUUAGACAUGCUUCAGUGGUUUUUAGUUAUCUCUAUUUUAUUUUUCGACAUUAUUGACAUUUAUGUACCACGAACUUGUCGGCUUUAAGCCUCUACGAGGCGUUACAAUAUAUAAAAGAAAUGUUCUCUA